AUGGAGGCACAGAAGACCUACGGCCGGGGCAAAUCCAUCCACACCCACAGCGUGCGGGACAAGAAGCUGCGCAGCAACCUGAAAGCCGUCGAAGCCAAGUACAAGGAGGCCGCGCUGCGGGCUAAGGAUGCGGAGAUUUUGCUCGAGCACGAAGCCGGAUUUCUCGAACCGGAGGGCGAGCUGGAAAAGACAUACAAAGUUCGCCAGGAGGAUAUCCGGGAGAACGUCGGAUUGGAGACGGCCAAGAAGGGAUUCGAGCUGAAGCUGACGGACCUGGGACCGUACCGCAUGGACUACACGAGGAACGGUCGCGAGCUGCUACUGGCGGGUCGCAAGGGACAUGUCGCGACGAUGGACUGGCGGAAUGGAACGCUGGGUUGCGAGCUGCAGUUGAACGAAACGGUGCGCGAUGCGCGCUGGCUGCACAAUAACCAGUACUUUGCGGUCGCUCAGAAGAAGGCCGUCUACAUCUACGACCACAGCGGCGUGGAACUGCACCGUCUCGACAAGCACCUCGAGCCUCUUUUCCUUGACUUCCUGCCCUACCACUUCCUUCUCGUGGGCGCUCAAAUGAGCGGCCACCUCAAAUACACAGACACCUCGACCGGCCAAAUGAUCGCGGAACUUCCGACCCGCCUCGGCGCCCCGACCGCUCUCGCCCAGAACCCGUGGAAUGCCAUCAUGCACGUUGGCCACCAGAACGGUGCCGUGACCCUGUGGUCGCCCAACUCCCAAACAGCGCUCGUGAAGGCGCUCGUCCACCGCGGACCGGUCCGCUCGAUGGCCAUCGACAGACAAGGACGGUAUAUGGUCUCCACGGGACAGGACCAGAAGAUGAACGUGUGGGAUAUUCGGAUGUUCCGGGAGGUACACUCGUACUCGUGCUACCAGCCGGGGGCGUCCGUGUCCAUCAGUGACCGGGGUCUCACGGCGGUGGGCUGGGGCACGCAGGUCAGCGUGUGGCGGGGAUUGUUCGACGCGGCGGCGGCCGACCAGGGCAAGGUGCAGAGCCCGUACAUGUCGUGGGGUGGCGACGGGCGACGGAUCGAGAACAUGCGCUGGUGUCCGUUCGAGGAUGUGUUGGGCGUGGCGCAUGACCAGGGCUUCGCCAGUCUCAUCGUCCCGGGCGCGGGCGAACCCAACUUCGACGCCCUGGAGGCGAACCCGUACGAGAACACCAAGCAGCGGCAGGAGGCGGAGGUGCGCAGCCUGCUGACCAAGCUGCAACCGGACAUGAUCUCGCUCGACCCCAACAUCAUCGGUCGUCUGGACACGAUCCGCGACAAGAAGAACCGCGAGGAGAAGGAUCUCGACGCCCGGCCCGAGGACCCGAUGGAGAAGCUCAAGAACCGUGGCCGCGGCCGCAACAGCGCCCUGCGCAAGUACCUGCGCAAGAAGGGCCGACGCAACGUGGUCGACGAGAAGAGUGUCAAGGCGGAGAUGCUGCGCAAGGAGCACCAGGACCGGCAUCGCGAGAAGCUGCGCGCCGAACGGGAGGAUCUGGGCCCUGCGUUGGGCCGGUUUGCCAAGCGGGAGACGUAA